AGAGCUUUCCUUACAAUCUAUAAAAGGGUUCAGUUCCUGUUCCCCGUCCUUGUCCCAUCGAGCUGCAUCACAAUUGCAGCAACAAAUCCAUUACCAUGAAAUUCACCUCGGCCGCCGUCGCGCUGGCCUUCGCCGUCCUCGCCGCGCCUAGCGCCGACGCAUCCCCCAUCUACCACCUCGCCCGUCGGGACAACAACUACGGCGCACGCACCGACGUCCUCAUCCAGGCCUUCCACUGGAACUCGUGGCAGACGGCACCGUGGUACAACACCAUCGCCACCAACGCUCCCCAGCUCAAAGGUCUCUUCACCCUCGCAUGGUUCCCGCCACCGUCGGACGCCGGGUCGAAUGAAGGCUACCUCCCCCGUCGCUGGAACGUGCUGACAUCCAAAUACGGGACGGCCGAUCAACUGAAAGCCGCCGUGCAGGCCGUCAAAGCCAACGGACUGCAGGCUGUUGCAGAUAUCGUCAUCAACCACCGUGUUGGCUCGACAAAGUGGAACGAUUACACCGAACCCGCAUUCGCGGACAACAAUGCUGCCACAACCAGCGACGACGAGGUCUGGAAGCAACCCGGGUACGGCACGCCUACGGGUCACCCCGACACCGGUCUGCCAUAUACUGCCGGGAGGGAUCUGGACUUCACCAACCCGAGCGUGCAGGAUACCGUCACCGCGUGGAUGACCAACACGCUGAAAGCCGUCGGUUUCACCGGGUGGAGGUACGACUUUGUAAGGGGCUAUGCGCCUUCCUAUGUCGGGCAAUUCAAUGCAAAGACAUCGCCGGUCUUCUCCGUUGGAGAGCUUUGGGCCGAUCUGGAUGUGAACAACCCGUCCGCGCACCGCAAUCAGCUGUUGGAUUGGGUGAAGGGCACCGGCAGCAACAGCGCCGCGUUCGAUUUCACCACAAAAGGCAUGCUCAAUCAAGCCGUCGCAUCCAACAACUACGCCAUCCUCGCCCAGAACAACGCACCCGUCGGUCUCAUCGGCACAGCACCGGGCUACGCAGUGACCUUCGUCGACAACCACGACACGGGCGCGUCGCCCGGCGGGACCGGCGGCCAGAAGCUGUGGCAGUUCCCCGUCGGCGCGGAAAUGCAAGGAUACGCGUACAUCCUGACCCACCCUGGCAUCCCCUCUGUCUACUGGCCGCACUACUUUGACCAAAAGAUGAAAGCAGCCAUCGACCCCCUCCUCAAGGCCCGCAAAGCCGCCGGCGUCAACUCCCUCUCCCACAUCCGCAUCGACAAAGCCGCCAACAACGUCUACGCGGCCUACAUCGCCGGCACCGUCGGCAGUCUCGCCGUGAAGCUCGGUCCCGCCGACUGGACGCCGUCAUGCCCCGGUUCGGCCGGUGCGUACAAGCCGGUCGGGAGCGGGACCAACUGGGCCGUCUGGUCGUCCGUUUAGAUCCAGAAGUGUGUGGAUAUUUUGCUGGGACAAGUUUCCACUCCCCGGCGUUUUGGAUUAUUCUCUCGCCUGCUUUUGGCUAGUACC